AAAGAAAACCGAGGACGUCACUCGAGGUCGUGCAAAUGUUUUAUAAAACGUAAAUAAACAAACAGACAAAUCACAUUGAAAAUACAAAUCAAAGAAUAUCGAUAUGAAGACGUGGUUGAUUUUAGUUAUAUUUCUUGUUCUCAAACUCAAUGAAUGUAGAGAAAUUAUCAAGGAAGAGAAUGAGGUCAGCAGUCUCCAAGGUGAAAAACAAACUGGAGGAGAUCAAUUAGAAGCUGAAAAGCAACAAAAUCUUCAGAUUAUACAACCAGUCCCAAAUACAGACAUCAGAAAUGUACAUAACAAUCAGACUAUUACUCAUAAAGAGGUGAAUUUGUCAGAGCAGCAUGGAGCACAGCAACAACCAAAUCAGGCCCAGACAAAAGUAAACCCAGUACAGCAACUUGAUAUUCCUAAGCAACAGGAUACUCAGUUUCAACCACAAGAUAAAUCUCUGCAGACAAGCUACUCACAAGGAGCUCAACCUCAACAAAUGUUGACUAGUCAGCAUCAAAAUGUGUUAGAUCAAAAGCUAGGAAAUCAGUCUGAACAACCAACCAAAUCUCUUAAAGAAGUGACCCCUUCUCAAAAAGUGGCCCCUUUACAAAAACAGACAACUCUUUCACAACAGCAGGCAACUGCCAAGCAAAAGCAGACAACUUCGUCACAACAGCAGUCAACUACUGUACAAAAACAGGAAACCCCUUCACUGCAACAGGCAACUCCCUCUCUUAAACCAAUAGUUCCUUCACAAAAACAGGAAACCCCUCCACUACAACAGACAACUCCAUCACAAAAACAAGCAGUUCCUUCUCAAAAACAGGAAACCCCUUCACUACAAAAGGCAACACCAUCACUUAAACCAGCAGUUCCUUCACAAAAACAGGAAAAACCUUCAAAACAAGAGGCAACUCCAUCACUAAAACCGUCAGUUCCUUCACUAAAAGAGGAAACACCUUCGCUAAAACAGAAAGUUCCUUCACAAAGACAGGAAACCCCUUCACUACAACAGGCAACACCAUCACUAAAACCGGAAGUUCCUUCACAACAACAUGAAACCCCUUCACAACAACUGGUGUCUCAUUCUCUUCAGCAUGAAAGUCAGUUUCAGCAGCAGGUUGCUCCAGCAAUAGAUCAAUCUCAACAAGUAUUUCUAUCCCAACAGGAGGGGUCGCAGCAUAUACCUCAAUCUCAACAAGAGACAGGCAAAUUACAAACAUCAAAUGUCAAUACACAAAAUACAUCAAUAUUGACACAGAUAGAUGUACAGCCAGUUAAUCAGGAAACUAACCAGGAAGUAAAAUCUUUGUAUCAUGAACAAUCACAGAACUUUGAUCAAGAAAUGAAACAAAAUGAAAAUAAUAUUGAACAAAAAGAAACAAAACAGCAAUUAAUUCCAGUCACAACACCAAAACAGGAUACGAGUGUGACACCAAUACAGCUGGACUCCAGACAACAAGAAUCUAAUCAUAGAACAACACAACUGCAGAUAUUGAAUAGAUCAGAGUUUAGCUACAGAACUACAGUACAACCAAUAAUCAGUACAACAGGAAAUACAAUUGAUAAUGAUGAUUAUUUAGUAGAGUGGGAUAAAGAUCAAGAUUCUGAUCCAUCUAAUGACCAAAAAACUGAUGAGGAUAGUUUGGUUGAUGAAAAUAAAGAUGUUUGGGAUGACACAGAUCCAGACCCAUGGGAGAAAACUAUAGAUCUCAAUGUAGAUAACAAUGAGGAAGAGCUAGAAAAUGAAAAGGACGAUUUUAUAGAGGAUACUAAGAAAGUCAUUGAUGGUCCGGAUGAUGGUGGAUAUUUUGAUGAAGAUGAUUUUAACAGUGUGGCUGAUAAAACAGGAGACUUCUGGGAUGAACCAAUGUUUAACAAGCAUCCUUUGAUAAAAGACAAGUUUGUAACAAAGAAUUAUAGAAGUCCUGUAGCAGACGACACCAACCUAAUGGGAUUUUAUAGCUGGGUCCUCUUUGUCACACUUCUGUUUCUUAUUUUGUUUGUCCUGUUUACACAACAUCGACCAAGGUCGAGAUGGUUUGGACUUGGAAGACGAUAUCGAUCAUCAUCAAAAUCUGUAGCGUAUUGAUGUUGGUCGGAGUAUUAAUCACCAUAUUGUUUAUGAUUUCAGUGUGGACUUCUAUAUGGAUCAAGAACCAGACACAGAAGACCAUCUGUUUCUGUUGAAGAAGGAAAAAGUCUCAUGAAAAAUAUGUAUACUUAAUUUAUUAUUCUUCUGUCCAAAAAAAUUAGGAACUACUUAAUUUUGAUAUUUUUUCUGUAUACUUGUUUAUCUAGGUGAUAGAGUAAAACAAUCUGUGCAAUUAUAUUAUUGUAUGCUAGUUAUUUCUUUAGGACUUCUUUCCUGAGAGUAGUAGUUUUUUGACUGAGAUAAACAAUACAUUUUGUACUUAAAACUAAUUAAAUUAAACAAAAUUAACAACGAAAGUUUAAAAUCACAGUUGAUCUCAUAUUUUAUUUGUUAUAUGUGUACAUUUUAAGGUCUCCAAGUAUCACAUGGGUUCCUUUAUACUGUAAAUUCAGAAAUUAUUGGGUGCAUUUAUUAUAUGUAUAUUAAUUGUGAUGAAAUUUCAAUAAACCAGAGGUUGUCUUUAUCAAAAUCACUUCUUACUGGAAUUAAAAAUAACAUUGGAAGAUGCAGUUGAAGGGUUAGUGAUAUGUUUGUACUUAUAAUGUUUUACAAUAUUGUUAGUGUUUGUUAGUCAGGCUUGAUUGAGUAUCUUUACAUGAACUUAUCACAAAGCGACAGAAUCAUAUAUAAAUUUCAUGAAUAAUAGCACUCCACCAUUCACCAAAAAAUUGUGUUUAUUAAUAAUGAAUGUAAGUGAUUGAUUUAUCUUAAAUUAUUCACUAAUGAUAGAAUUUAAGUACAUUGUUUUAGGGAUCAUAGAUUGUGAUGUACACAUUGUAUUUUAGUUGGUACAUUAUUUUGGGAUCAUACACGUUGUAUUUCAGUAGAAAUAUAGUAGCUUAUAGUAGCUCUUGUUUUACCCCAAUAUAUUACUCAGGUGAUUAAUGAUAUAAAUUGCACAAUAAUAAAGAAAUUAUGCCAUUUUGAACAAUUUCAGUUGAAGAUGAUAAGGUCCUUCUUUAAUCUAUUGUUGUGAUAUUUAAAUUUGCAAACCGUAGGACUUAUUUUAUAUUUACACUGAUUACUUUUGGGUUUACAUGGAAGGGCCUGUCAAACUUAUCCUGUUUUAGUAAACAAGGGUAGGUGGCUGAUAAUACAUUUUGUUUAUGACUAAGCUACUAUAAUUCUACCGUUGAGUAAUGUAUUUAAUAACUUAUUUUUUUGUUGUUGUUUAUUGAAAGAGUUUAGCACUUGUUUUAUUAUUCACUUAUUUUAUGUUUUUAUUUUGAUGACAUUUAUUACACAUAUGUGAGGGGAUAAUCUGUAGAUGGUAUCAUUAAUUAAUUCAUUCUUUAUUAUUAUACAGUAUAUUUCACCAAUGUGUUUUUGUGAUAUUUUAUGACCAAGGUUUAAGGAAAUCUACAAUUUAAAAAUAUUUAUCUUCUUGUGACACAUUAAAAUAUGCACAUAUAAGCUUUCAUCAUAUAAUACUCAUUUUUAUAAAACAUUUAUAUAUCUUUUAGUUGUUUUAUUUUAAUUGAUUAUGUUCUUUGUUAAAAAGAAAUUAAGACUAGGAGUGAAAAAUUAAAUAUUUUCGACACAAUGAUAGCUUUCAAUGGAAAAGGAUCGGGAUUUGGUUCUUUAGCUAUAUAACUCAAUGUUUUUUGUCAAUUGUGUUUGUAAGGGCAUUAUUUCUCAUUUAAACAUAAAUUUUAUGGGCCCUUUAUAGCUUGCUGUCUGGUGUGAGCCAAGGCUCUGUGUAUCUGUUUUAUACAUUGUGACUUGAAUGGAGAGUUGUCUCAUUUGCACUCAUACCACAUCUUCCUAUAUCUAUGAAAUGUAUCAAACAUCCGUAUAAAUGUGUCAUUUUCUAAGAUUUGCAGCCUUCUUUAAAUGUGCCAUUAUAUAUAUAUAUAUUACACACAAGAGUUGUAGUUGUUAUAUAUUAAAUUACUAGUCCCUUUUUAUAGAGAGAAGUUUAUUUAAAUAUCAACAAAUGUUUCAAAUUGAAUGAAAUGUUGUUUCAGUAAUAAUAUUUUCUAUUAUAAGUUGAUACACUAUAUGUUAAUAUCAUAGUCAAAGUAAAUUCUUAAGAAUCAUUUCCUUUGUUGAAAUUUUUACAAAAUCUUUUUUUUUAUUAUAUUUUACAGCAUGAAUAUAUAUAGCAGGCCAGGGUGCUUUUCAUUGAAUUUAUCUAUGCAAAAGGGCAGUAUUAUCUAUAUAUUAAGGUGUGUGGUCUAAUCUUGUGAAUAUAUUUAUACCAUUCAAAUGUUUUUUAAGAAGGUUAAUUGUAUAUGACAUUUUAUGGAACAUUUUUCUUUUUUUUUACGGAGGGCAAACAAAAUUUCAAGCUAAACAGUUUAUAAGUUUUGAGUCAACCUAUGUGACAUUGUUUGAUUAUAAAUUAGAAUAUUAAUCAAGAUUUAUGAAUAUUUUAUUCAUGAUUUAUGAACGCAAUAGUUUUUAUUUUUAUCUAAUGAAAUAUUUCCAUUGUUUUGUUCAAGGUUUAUCCAGAUUAU